AACGUCGUCGUACAAGACAAGGAGGAACACCAGCGAGCAAAGACAAAGGGCUUGACACCAUUUUAGAAUUGAAGAGAGAAAAGAAGAGAAAGAAUGGGUUACGUAUUGAGAGUGAGAUUGGCUUCAUUCUUUGCAGGAGCAGCAACUGCAUCAUUUGCAGGACUUUAUCUCCUUUACAAAGAUUUCAAGGUUGCCCAUGAUGCCAUCUCUCAACAGGUGGAAAGUGCUCAUGAAUCACUUGAUAGACGGAUCUCUGCAUUGGAAAAAUUGAAACAAAGUGAAGCUCCACAGCCUCUGCAAGCAACAGAAUAGGAGAUUCAAGAUGUUCUACUGUAGUUUGAUGUUGUGGCUUCAGACAUGUUUUUCUGAUAAUGCUGUUGGUUUCUAUAUGGAUUUUGUCUCCUUGUUAAAGAAUAAUCAUGACUCCUAACUCUGUAUGGUAAUACUCAAUCAGUUUAAAGAGUCUUCCUGAAGAGGCAAGAUUGCAAUCUCUAUUAGAUGAUUGGCAAUGUAUGAGUAUUCAAAUUUUAUACGUGGUUGAUAUUAUUAUGUAAGAUGUUGGAAAAGUAUUUAUACAUCAUGUCGUAAAAGUUGCUGGGUUUUUUUUA